AGGCGCAUCCCGAGCGGUUUAACUCGCGUCUGCGCAAUAAGAUGUUCUACGGUCAGAUGGGAGGCAAAGACCUGUUGAGGCGAAAGUGGAAGGGGUUGGCAGAACUGGUGACCUUGGAGUGCGACGGCAAGGACAUGACCCCCAAGCUGAAGGACCACAAAGUGCAUGCUAUUGUCUUUCUCAACAUUCCUAGUUAUGGUGGUGGAACGCACCCGUGGAAUAGAGCGAGUGGAGGGGAGCAAUCAACCGAAGAUGGCCUUAUAGAAGUUGUUGGACUGACUACUUAUCAAUUGCCUUUACUGCAAGCAGGGGGCCACGGCACGAGUAUUUGCCAGUGUCAGACCGCCAAGAUCGUGACCACGAAGACAAUCCCCAUGCAAGUGGACGGAGAGGCAUGCAAGUUGACGCCUUCCAUCAUCUCAAUGAAUCUGCUCAACAAGGCGCCUAUGCUGGCCAAGCGACGCGGUGGCAAGGCUAAUAUUCCGCAAGCUACAUUAGAACAACUGAAAGUCACAGUGCAAAGGAUCAACAUGGCUGACUAUGAGCAACACCAUUACGAUAAAGAAUUACUCAAACAAGCUG